AUGAACAACAACGAUAAUAGCGUUAAAGUACAUCGUGCAUCCACACAAACGAGGACAUCUGAACAGAGGGCUCCAACAUUCGAAUAUAUUCCUCAUGACCAACUCCUCUCGCUAUUCCAACAGAAAAAGGGAACACAGUACUUUAUCCCCGAAGGAUUCGAACCGGUUCUGAUCCCAAGCGGAACUCAACGUGAAGUAGUUCAGGCGGUAGCAUUACCAACAACUUCCCAAUCGUCAUUAUCUUCUUCUCAAUCAUCAGCAUCUGAUGUACCCCGAUUCCCUUCCUUGGUCUUGACCCGUCCCCAAGGGCCGGCUCCAAGGGGUGGGUCAAAUACGGCCAAGACAACCAAACCAAAGAAACCGCCGAGACCACCGAAUGCUUUUAUCCUUUAUCGAAGAAGCAAACAGCCUCAAAUUGUCGCAGCGAACGAAGGUAUCUCUAAUAACGAAGUAUCAAAGCAAAUAGGGGAAAUGUGGCACAAGGAACCUCUCGAGGAAAAACUCAAGUACCAGCGCCUGGCCGACGAAGCGAAAAUGGAACACAUGAAGAAAUAUCCGGAGUACAAAUAUCGACCACGACGACCGCAUGAGAAGCGCCGCCGAACCAAGCGCACACCGGCGCCGACUACGGAUAAUAAUACGACUACAACUAAUAAUGACUCUUCCGCAACUCGAAGAGCUUCGAUAGACACAGUGGCCACGGUAGAUAGUACCGAGUAUGACUCCCGACGAGGUUCACUUGCAUCCAUUGACGAGACCAUGGCAAUGUUUGAUAUGGAACCGAUAUUCGAAACUGCUCCGGUGGCAGUUUCGACUUCGGAAUCUCCCGAGUAUGUUUGUGUUGAGACCGCUUUUGACAUAGGAAAUUUGUCGAUGGUGGAGGGUGUUACUCCCGAAAGUGAGAUGAUCGCAGCGUACGAGUACUUUGAUUUUGGUUAUAACGGCAGUCAGCCGAAUGAAUUUGGGUAUUAUGGAUUUGAUGAGUCGGAUUUUGGAUUGUUUCCCUCGGUCAAUGAGCAUCUGUUAAGUGAACAGUUGCCUUUGGCCACAUAUGACAGUUAA